AUGCAAAAUUAUUUAGAUAAUAAAGACGUUUUUUCAAUCAAAAAAGAAUUCAUUGAACUUAAAAAUAAAAAUAUAGCACCAACCAUAGAAAUAUAUCAUGUUCUUUUAAAAUCUUGUAUCAUUACUGAAGAUCUUUUCAACGCAAUAGAAAUAAUUAGACAAAUGCACAAUGAUUUUGAAGUGCAUAAAUCACCAGCUCUGCCCAUUAAAGAAACCUUUAAAUAUCUUUUGGAAGUAGCCCAGUUAUCAACUGAUCAUUUUCUUGUAAUGGAUGUUGUAAAAUUUAUUUUUAUAAAUGAACCAAUCCCAUCAAAAAGUCAAAGAAAAAUUGUUAAAUAUAAUCAAGAAUCCAUUAAUCUGAAAAAUGAUUUGGAAUUAUGGCAAAUGGCUUUCAGUGUUUUGACAAGACCUGAUUUAAUUUACACAACUAAUAGUUUAAGAUUUUUUAAAGAUAUAAGUGAUCUAGCUGAAUUAUUCAUGAAAAAUUUUAAUGAGCCUUAUGAUGAAAAAACCUUAUCUUUAAUAAUUAGGGCAUUAGGUUCAUAUCCUGGAUCAAAUAAAAAAUUUUUUAAAAUAUUGAAAACGUAUUAUAAAAUUAUUUCUGAACUAAAUUAUCUACCAAAUCCCGAACCACUUUAUGCAAUAGUGUUAAGAUAUUCUGAAGAUGGAUAUUUUCUAAAGUGUGAAUAUUUAGUUAACAAGUAUGUUAAUUUGAUCAAAAAAGAUGAUAGAUUGUCUUGGAAAAAACUUACUUCCAAAAUACAACAAUUAUCUUACAAUUACUCAAAUUUUCAUCGAGACCAUUAUGAUUUAACCAUCAGAUUUAAUGCUUUAGCCAAUCAAAUUGACAGCAUGCAAUUUCCUUUAGACAAAACUUUGGAAAUGAUAGAUGUAAUGAGAGGCGAGGGAUUUGAGCCAAGCUAUGAAACUUAUUUGAUACUUUUAAAAUGCCAUUCACAAAACCCAGAUUUUUUAUUUGACCCUGAAAAAAUCAACUUACAUGUAAAUAAAAUGUUAAAAAUUUUAGAUAUGAUGGAAUUAUCAGGAUACAAUAUCGAUAAUUUACAAAUUUUUGAGAUGCUUUUUGAAGCAUGUUUACCGCAAAAUGAACAAAGAAAUUUCAAUUUUCUAUCUGUUAAUUUAAAUUGUGGAUUGUGGCAUCAAGAAAUAUUGAAAAUGAUUAGGAAAAUAGAGGAUUUAAUGAUUAACAAAUUUCACUUAAAUCACAAUCAAACUACAAUAUCUACAAUUUUUCGUCAAUUAGGAUCUUUAAAACUUUUCAAUGAAUUUUGGACACGCUGGAAUAAUAUACCAACAGCAGGUUAUCGACGUAGCGAAGGACUAUAUUACGUAGUAUUAGAUAUGGCUUCAAAAAAUUCUAAUGAAUCUGAUUAUGCAAUUAAUGUGGUUAGACAUCAAAUGAAAAGAGAAUCACCACCAGUUAUGCCAGAUUUAAAAAUUUAUUUAGCUUUAAUAAAAUGUUGUAUAAAAUGUAAAGACUCGAAAUCAAUGGAAACCAUAAUCAAUGAAAUGAAAAAUAGUCUAGAUAACAAUAUCAACGAAAUGAAAGAUAAUCUAGAUAAUCAAGUUUUAGAGAAAAUAAUUAAUUUAAUAAGUGAUAAUAAAAAUUUUUAA